AUAUAAAUAUAUCAGUGUAAUAUUUACUAAUACGGAGCGCUCCGAUAUUUAACCGGCUUUAAACACAAAAAUUGUUUAUAUCACAGAAAAAUAAACGACAUAUUUUUUUUUUUAUUAAAAAUAAACUUUCUACAAUCUAGUAAAAUGAUUUAAAAUAUUUCUAAUUAUUGUUCUAUUUAUUUUAUUAAUUAAACGACAUUGUAAUCAAAUUACAAAAAAUUCUUUUAAAAUAAUUGUAAAUUAUAUUUUCAGUGUUUAUAAUAAUGGAGUCCAGAACGGAAUUCAAAAUAAAAAAUCCGCCAACUGAUGCAAUAUCAGCGGUUGAAUUUGGACCGAAUUCAACACAAUUUUUAUUGGUAUCAUCAUGGGACUCAACAGUUCGGCUUUAUGACAUUCAUGCCAAUACAAUGCGUUUAAAAUACAAUCAUGAUCAACCUGUCCUAGAUGUUGCCUUUCAAGAUGCAGUACACGCGUAUAGUGGAGGAUUAGGUUGUACACUAAAAAUGUACGAUAUAAAUGCAAAUGCAGAGACGAUAAUGGGUUCACAUGAAAAGGCGAUCAGAAAAAUAGAAUAUUGUUCAUCGGUAAAUGCAAUUUUGACUGGUGGGUGGGAUGCUGCCGUUAAAUUAUGGGACCCAAGAACUCCUACUUGUGUUGGAACUUAUUUGCAACCUGAUACCGUGCUCGCAUUGUCAGUUUGCGGUGAUAAAUUUGUUGUCGGUACUGCCAAGAGAAAAGUCUGUAUUUGGGACCUGAGAAAUAUGGCCGGAAUGUUCCAAAGACGGGAAAGUAGUUUGAAAUAUCAGACACGAUGCAUCAAAGGAUUUCCUAAUGAACAGGGCUACGUUCUAAGUAGUAUCGAAGGUAGAGUGGCAGUAGAAUAUUUGGACACGACUCCAGAAGCACAGAAGAAAAAAUAUGCAUUCAAAUGCCAUAGAAUAAAAGAAAAUGGCAUUGAAAAUAUUUACCCAGUAAACGCUAUAAGCUUUCACACGACGUACAACACAUUCGCUACGGGUGGUUCCGAUGGAUAUGUUAAUAUCUGGGACGGAUUUAACAAAAAACGUUUAUGUCAAUUCCAUAAAUAUAACGCUGGUGUCGCAACAUUAUCGUUCAGUCACGACGGCUCUGUACUGGCUAUCGGUGUCUCAUUUUUAGAUCCUGCUGAAGUUACCCCUGGUGUUCACGACGAAAAAGAAAUUUAUAUUCGUUAUGUUAAUGACCAGGAGACGAAGCCAAAAUGAUGGUCUUCAUAUAAAUAAUAAUAAUAAUAAUAAUAAUUCAUUUAAUAAUAAAACGAUUCUUUUUAUAGAAAAUAUUUCGA